AUGGCGCCCAGAUCGAGAACAGGCUGGUUAGUAGUAUCCGCAACAAAGACCCACGCGAUCUGCCUCUUCGCACCUCGCUAUACCUACCAGAAUCGAACUGACUCUCGUCCCAGCCUCACCUGCCGCCAGCGAAAGCUCAAAUGCAGCGAGGAGCGCCCCAUCUGCGCCCAGUGCAUCAAGGCCAACCGAGAAUGCGUCCCCAGCUCCGGCAUCACCUUCCGUCAUCAACAGAACCCGUCGAUGAAUGGAGGGGGCCAGGAUGACGGCAGUUUGAAGAGUUUCUACGGAUACAAGGAGACAUUCGGCAAGAGCGCGCAGUGGGUCUCGAUACCCAAGGACCUCACCUUUGUGCACACCAACAACCCAUAUGAGGAUGAGGAAGGCGGAGGCACAGUCGUCGACAACUCUGUCGACAACUCGCUGCAAGGAUACUCGAGUCUGGAAGAUGUGCGCAGGGACUCAGACCUAAGGAUCAGCCAGGCUUCCUAUCCCGCCUACGCUACCCACGGUCUCGAGGCUUUGAGUGCCGUUGCCAGCCAAGACCAGUAUAGCUAUGGCGUCCCUCAGGCUCAGAUGGGUCACCACGAACGGACGGCCUCGCUGCACUCGCGUCCCUCCCAACCUGCUAGCUCGCCCCAGCAGAACAAUGCAACCCCCAGCCAGAACCUCGACUUCAUCUUGAACCCGACAUCGAAUCUCUCGCCAGCGGAGAGCAACAUCGACCCGCGGCUACACUCCCAAACAGCCACCGGCCCUCCACCAACUUCUCAUCAUUCCCCUUCUCAUGUACGAAAUCAACGGCGACCUGCAAUUGAACAGCCUGAGCUAGCCUUUCUGCUUCGCGAUUACUCGGAGAGGCCCGGGCUAUGGAUGGACUUGUUCGACUUGGGGCUCUUCUUCGCCACCAAGGUGCCAGUGUUGGCAACAACUUGUCCGCUGCUUCUCUAUGCGUGUGCCUCGUUAUCGGCAAAGAGCCUUGCCAGAGUGCAUGGUCGCAAACCAGUGAUGGGUGGUCAAGUGUCACGUCAAAGCAGAAUGGAACGCUGGCCAGGUCCGCCGCUGGACCAAGAAGGCUGGGUUCGCAAAGGGAGGGAACAUUAUGACAUUGCAGUAUCCCUCCUUCGGCAAUCUCUAGCAGGCGCAACACGGCCUCCGACAUCCUCACUACCGGAAGAAGCCUCACCUACCACACUCUCAACCGUGCAAAGCACACCUCUUCCCACGACAGACUCAGAAGAACUAGUAGCCGCAACAGCCAUCCUAUGUGUAUAUGAAUUCUUAGACGCGUCCGGGCCCGAAUGGAGCCGCCACUUGGACGGGGCCAAAACACUAUUUGACAUCGCCAAAGACCGCAUGUUACCUCCCACGUUACCGCCGUCGCCCGUCUCCAUCGCACAGCAGGUCACACAGCGUCUCGCAGACCAAUCGGGAACCGAACAGCACGUGCCACCGCCGAUUCGACAUCUCAGCCAAGAACGGCGAUCUGUGUUUUGGAAUUAUACUCGUCAGGAUAUGUUGUCGGCGUUUAUCAAUCAUACCUCUACGCGUCUAGAUACGGGUGAUCUUUCCAUGUGGUGUAGUGCUGGGUUGAAGUUGACGCAGGAGGGGUUUGUUUCGCCGUCGAAUCCGAAGCAUUCACAGUAUGCCGUGGAACAGGCCAUGGGCGAUGAUAUGAUCUCAAACGCACUAAUCUGGCUCGUAAUGAAAGUCGUCAACUUCAUCGCCGCAGGGGACGACCUCCCCGACGGAAUAACACCUCUCGGUCUCGGCGUCCGCCAGCGAGAACUCCUAGACUACUGGGAGUCGAUGGAAGAGCAGCUCCGCGUCUGGCACGAAGGCCUCCCGGAUUCGUUCCACGCCACCGCGUCCAUUCCCAGCGACAGAGAAUGUGGCACAGAGAAGUGGUUCCCCCGGCAUAUGUGCGGGAGCACAAUGCAGUGGUACCAUUUGGCGAGGGUGCAACUUCUGAACAAUAAGCCGCAGCUUUCUACCGCGACGCCUGCACAGUCGUUGUUGGGGGCGGGGACGCCAGGUACAUCGCUGGCUGCGCGGUAUGCGAGCUACUCGUCGAUUCUACAUCAGUCGCGAUUUCAUGCGAAAGAGAUCGUAGCGAUAUCGCUGGGGAGGUCUGAUGAGAGUUCGAGGAUCCAUGCCGUGCAGCCGCUGUGGACGGCCGGUUUGGUCUUGGGCAACGACGAUGAUCCGGAUGAGCUGGGUCAUGUCAGUGCUGAGACUGGGGGCUGGCGGAGGACGAUUGUUGAACUGCUUCGUGGGAUCGAGCGGGAUAUGGGUUGGGCGAGCGAGUAUCGCGUGCAAAGUCUGCUAGAACUUUGGGGACUACCGUCGGACUGGCCAGCGUCGUCUUCCUCGGAUCGACAGUCGCAAUGA